AAAGUCUUGAGUUUCGGUUUUUGCUCUCUGCUAUUGCUUUGACUUCUCUCUUUUAUCAACGAUAUACUUUGAACAAAGAACCCCUCCAUCUCCAAUGAACGUCGUGUUCAACUCACCGUCUCAUUCCCAAGGAGAAUCGUACUUUUCGCCUUCUGGCGCAACUCCUUCCUUUGAAACGAACGACCCUUCUCAAACUCCUUACUUUACUGCUCCAUUAUCACCAAUGCUGAAUACCGAAUUCUUUCAGGCUGUGCAAGCGCGUCAAGCCAGUACUCCUCCAUUCUCCUCCAAUUCUGACGGUUCGCAACAAUUUUCUCCAAACACUGUUCAAACCUUCAAGGAUGCAGCUCCUGUGAACCUCAAUUUAGGUUCAUCUAUUUUAUCGCGUAGAGAGCAAAAUAAGCCCAACUCUUUAGAAAAGCAUGUGGAGUUUAAGUCUAUUACUUCAGAUGAUCUGUAUAAUCUGCUACCUACCGAAGCAUCCCCCGACAACGCCAACAACUUGCUUCUUCUCGACGUUCAAUCGUUUGUACAGUAUUCGCGCUCCCACAUCCGAACAGCUGUAGGAGUAUCUGUACCAAGUACAAUUUUACGACGACCUACCUUUACAUUGGAAAAGUUAUCCGAAGCCAUUGUCAAAGAUGAAUCGAAAGUCAAGCUUAAAAAUUGGCAGAGUGCUGAUACCAUUGUUAUGUAUGACCAAAACUCAUACCAUGUUCAGGAAGCUAGUACCAUGCACUAUCUUUUCCAAAAGUUUCAAAAGCAAGGUUUCAAAGGACAGCUUUUUUACUUAUACGGUGGUAUGGACGCUUUUUUGAACGCUCACUCCAGUGCUUGUGUUGUCAACAAUUUCAACUCGCAAAACAGAGCCAAUACGUCAUCGUUGCCUAUGAAUGCAGGACGACAGAUGUACUUACAUUUGCCCCAAACACCCAGUCUUCACGAAGUUUCUCGCAAGGAACCAAAAGGAUCACGAAGAAUGCACUUGCAUUUAGAUGGCCCAUUAACCGCUCCUAUGCCAAAGUUUGAAAACCAAGCUUUCAAUCCUUUCUUUUCCAACAUUCGACAAAACCUCGAGCUUUCACAUGGAGGCAUCAAGGAGCGAUUUCCUGUUCGCCUUCCCGCUUCCUACAACAUUGAUACCAAUACUGGUAAUGUCGAAGGCGCUAUUCAUCCCAUGAAACACUGCAUUGGAACCGAUGCCGGUUCUACGGUACCCGCUUGGCUCAGGAAAGCAUUACUUCCCGACAAUGUAGGUCCUACCUACCUCGCGGAAUCAUAUGAAAAAAUAGAAAGAUUUGAACAGCAGCGCCUACAAAAUAUCAUGCAUCAUCACUCUGAUCGUUCCCAGGGAGACCUAAAGGAACAUCCAUGGAGUAUUGUCGCUGGUAUUGAAAUGGGCUCCUUGAAUCGAUACACCAAUGUCUGGCCUUUCGAAUAUACAAGGGUUAAACUCAGCGAUCAUAAACCUGAAUCUACCGAUUACAUCAAUGCAAGUCAUAUUCAAUAUAUAGAUGUCAGCCCAGCAUCACUCCCCUCUGGAUCCGGUUCGCGCAUACCACAGGUAGACAAUCUUGCUACUCAAAAUGAGUCUACCAUGUCAUCCAGAACGUAUCGACGAUAUAUCUCCACGCAAGGCCCACUUCCAACUACUUUUGAUGACUUCUACAAUGUUAUCUGGGAACAGAACAGUUAUGUGAUAGUGAUGUUGACGAAAGAAGAAGAAAUGAACAGAAUCAAAUGCCAUAGGUACUGGCCAUCCUCCGUGAACGAAUCACAAUGCCACGGAAAAAUGACCGUCACUUUGGUUUCUGAAGUAUCACAGCCUGUACCUGAUCGUAAUGGUCAACCCAAUAGCAACCCCGAUGAAGUUAUUGUCGUAAGAAAGCUAGCUUUGGAAAAGCAAGGCAGCAAUGACCGACGAAUCAUCUCUCAAAUCCAGUAUAUGGGAUGGAUGGACUUUGGAGUUCCUGAAGAUCCUCUCGGCACCCUAAGGGUGAUAGAAAUGGCUGGCAAAACUCAAACCUCUUACGAACAGCAAGCCACUCAAAACAGCGAACCGCUUGUCGGCCCAAUGAUUGUUCAUUGUUCAGCUGGCUGUGGACGCACUGGUGCGUUUUGUACCAUAGAUACCCUAAUGACCCGUCUCACGAUGGACGACGACAGCAUGUCUCAAGAAGAACGCCUUGGCCAAUUGGAUAUACUACGUGCCACGGUUGAAAAGUUCAGAGAACAGCGUGUCAGCAUGGUCCAAACCCUUAGACAGUUUGCUUUCUGCUAUGAAGCCAUUUUAUGGUGGAUUCUAAACUUCUAAGAUACCUUUGUCAACUUUUGCUCCGUCUUUCGCCAAACUACCAUCUUGUAAUUUUAAUCUUGUUUUCUUUUAUAUACUUCUUGUUUUUUCCUUGAUUGUCUACAGUAAAUACACACUUGUUUUUCUUUUUGUUACGAGCUCUGAAUUCAUAAUGUGACAUUAAAAAUUAAACCCUCCUAUAUAUACCUAUGCGAGUCUCACUGUGGACUGCAAAUGGCCUCCAGAAGCAAUCGAAAAA